AGGCUCCAGCUCCAAUUCAAUUGAACUGCCAAUUUGCAUAUUUCGUUCGGUCGGAAAAACAAUGGAGGAGAAGGACGAACAACCAUCAGAAUCAGAAGCUGCAGCAGCAGCAAAAACCUCACUCUUCCCUGUACUACCCGUCUCUCAACAAAUCACAAGCGUCCCUCACUGGCUUUCCAAUACCAGCUUCACCACCCAACUCUCCGUCAUAAACGACGCCGUUAUCUCACACUUCAAACCUGACCCGCUUCCGUCACCACCGCCACAGCAAGAACAUGAAGAGGAGGAGGUGCCGUCCCAAGCAAAGCCAUACGAGAUGCUGGAAUCUUCUUCUGGAUCCGAUAGAAGCGAUGAGAGAGACAGGACGACAAAGAAGAAAAAGCAUAAGAAGAGGAAGAACAAGAGGAGGAGAGAGAGGUCCGUUGAGAGAGGCCGUGGAGCAUUCGCCGAUUACGGGUCGAGAAAGUCCAGCGUUCGGGCUUGGGCCGACUCCGAGACUAAACCUUCCAAAGAUUAUUUCCUUGAUUCUCAUGGCGACCGCGACAAUUUGGUGUUUGGAUGUCUCUACAGAAUGGACGUUGCUCGCUACAAGCCUUUUGCGGAGGUAUCUGGGAGUGAUUUUCAAGGUUUGUAUCGAUGGAACCAGACAGGUUCAACACUGGAUAGAGAUGCCGAUGUUGAUGCAUUGGAUGGUAAACUAAAAUCUGCUGGUCGCUAUUGGUCUGCAAAGUACAUGGCUUUGGAACGCCAUAAGAACUUAAAGCGUGCUCGCAUACUUGUCCCCAGAGACCUUCCGGUUACAGUUUCCGGUGAUUUUAUUCCUUUAACGGAUAGUCAAUCAUCCAAUGAAGGUGUUGAUGGCGAUGAUUCACUCUCAAGAACUUCAGUGGUUGAAGAAUCUUGGGAAGAUGAAGUACUACGCAAAACACGGGAGUUUAACAAAUUGACGAGGGAGCAGCCCCAUGAUGAAAAGGUUUGGUUAGCUUUUGCGGAAUUUCAAGACAGGGUUGCUGAUAUGCAACCCCAGAAAGGCGCUCGGUUGCAGACACUGGAAAAAAAGAUUAGCAUACUAGAGAAGGCGGCUGAGCUUAACCCAGAUAAUGAAGACCUGUUGCUUUCUCUUCUAAAGGCUUACCAAAGGAGAGACAGUUCUGAUGUGUUAAUUAGUAGAUGGGAAAGGAUACUCAUUCAACAUUCAGGAAGUUACAAGUUGUGGAGAGAGUUUUUGCGUGUAUUUCAAGGGGAGUUCUCAAGGUUCAAGGUUUCAGACAUGAGAAAAAUGUACGCACAUGCAAUCCAGGCUUUAUCUGCUGCAUGCAGAAAGCACUUUAGGCAGGUUUGCCAAGCGGAAGACCGUCCUCCAGAUCUUGCUACUGUUCAACUAGAACUUGGUCUGGUUGAUAUAUUUAUCAGUUUCUGUAGGUUUGAAUGGCAGGCUGGCUAUCAAGAGUUGGCCACUGCUCUAUUUCAGGCUGAAAUUGAAUUCAGUUUGUUUUGUCCUUCAUUACUCCUCACUGAGCAGAGUAAACAGAUACUGUUUGAGCACUUUUGGAAUAGUGAUGGUGCAAGAGUUGGAGAAGAAGGUGCCCUUGGUUGGUCCACAUGGUUGGAGAAAGAGGAAGAAAAUAGGCAGAGGGUUAUCCGAGAGGAGACUGCACAUGAUAAUGAAGGUGGCUGGACAGGUUGGUCGGAACCACUAACCAAAAAUAAGGAAUAUAGUUUAAAGACAGAAAAGGAAUCCGAAAGUAAUGUUGUAGUUGAGGAGUGUCAAGAAGAAUUUGAGGAAGAAGAUGUCAAGAAAGAAGAAGAUACUGAAGCUUUGCUAAAGAUGCUAGGAAUUGAUGUUGAUGUUGGUACUAGUGGUGAGAUUAAAGACACUUCAACCUGGAUCAAAUGGUCGGAAGAAGAGUUAUCGAGAGAUUGUGUUCAAUGGAUGCCUGUUCAUGCAAGAGCUGCUAUCUCUCAUAAUGUUGGUACACCCGAUGGAGAAGCAGAUGAGCACCUUUCGAGAGUAAUAAUGUUUGAAGAUGUCAACGAGUACUUAUUUUCCUUGAGCUCAUCUGAGGCCCGUUUAUCUCUAGUAUUGCAAUUCAUUGAUUUCUUUGGUGGGAAAACCUCUCCGUGGAUAUCUACAAACAGUUCAACUUGGGCUGAGAAAGUCCUUAGCUUUGAGGCAUUGCCAGAUUCUAUAUUACAAACUUUGAGAAGGGUUCAUAAUUUUUUAAGCAAAACACAAGGCAGUUCAAGUAAUUUCAGCUUGGAAUCUCUCUUGGGUACCUCCAAUGACAUCUACAGAAGAACAGACCUGAUGAAAUUUCUUUGUAAUGCUACCUUGCUCUGUUUAUCUGUUUUUCCACGUAAUUUUGUCCUAGAAGAUGCUGCUUUACUUGCCGAAGAGCUAUCUGUUAUGAAUUUGAAUCCUUCCAGCUGUUCUGUUACCCCAUGUCGGGAUCUUGCAAAAUUUCUCUUGAAGAGUGACCGUCAGGAUGUAUUGCUAUGUGGAGUUUAUGCAAGAAGAGAAGCUUUUCAUGGAAAUAUUGAUCAUGCAAGAAGAGUAUUUGACAUGGCAUUGUCAUCUAUUGAAGGGCUUCCUUUGGAAUUACGGUCUAAUGCUUCCCUUCUAUAUUUCUGGUAUGCUGAGACGGAACUUGGUAACAAUAAUGGCAGUGGGUGUGAAUCAUCCUUUCGGGCGAUGUAUAUUUUAUUUUGCUUAGGAAGUGGUGUAACAUAUAGUCCAUAUAAAAGUCAACCAUCAAAUUUGCAAUUGCUGAGAGCACGCCAAGGUUUCAAAGAAAGAAUAAGGACAGUACAAAUGGCAUGGGUGCGAGGUGUUAUAGAUGAUCAAUCUGUUGCUCUCAUAUGUUCUGCAGCUUUAUUUGAAGAGUUAACCUCUGGAUGGGCUGCUGGUAUUGAAGUUCUAGAUCAGGCUUUUUCAAUGGUGCUCCCAGAGAGAAAGAGCCGUAGUUAUCAACUUGAAUUUAUGUUCAACUUUUACAUGAAGAUGCUUUGGAGACAUCGUGGUCAAUCAAGUCUAUCAAAAUGCUGGGAGUCCAUAUUGCAGGGGCUUCAAAUAUUUCCGUUCAGCCCGGAACUUUUAAAUGAUUUAAUUGAGGUUGGCCAUCUUUAUACAACACCAAAUAAACUGCGAUGGGUGUUUGAUGACUGCUGUCAGAAGAAACCGUCUGUGGUCGUCUGGCUUUUUGCGUUGUCAUUUGAGAUGAGUAAAGGGGGAUCACAGCAUAGGAUCCGUGGAUUGUUUGAAAGGGCAUUGGCAAGUGAUAGAUUUCAUAACUCAGUUGUUCUUUGGCGCUGCUACAUUGCAUAUGAGAUGAAGGUAGCAUGCAAUCCUUCAGCAGCUAGGCGGAAUUUCUUUCGAGCUAUUCAUGCCUGCCCAUGGUCAAAAAAGCUAUGGCUUGAUGGGUUUCUCAAAUUAAAUUCUACAUUAUCUGCAAAAGAGCUGUCAGAUCUCCAAGAAGUUAUGCGGGAUAAGGAGCUGAAUCUGAGGACAGACAUAUAUGAAAUUCUUUUGCAAGAUGAGCUUGUACUUUAACAAUUGCUGUACGAAUCCCCUAAUGGUACCAGGUUAGUGGUGCACUGUCAUACUACUGUAAUACUUGAUCAAAACGGGUUGGAAGAGAUUGUACGAUGGUUGUAAGGAGGCCCUUGAAGAUAGGUACAAGUUAAACAGAUGUAUAACUGAGAUUUUGUUGCUUAGAUGUUAUGAAAUGCAUUAUCUUAUUGACAGACACAAGAAAUUGAACCUAAUUAAAAACAUUUAUUCUCACAAUA